UGAGAAAAGAUUUGCAUGCACGUAGUAUCUAUCUUAUAGAGUACCCUGGCUAUAUUGAUUGAACCUAACGUACUGAAAGACGAUUUGAAGUUUAAAAGAAGAGAUAAUCUAACUAUUGGAAGGAUAACAAAACGUCCUGGUUAAUUAAGAAGAAACGUAAAUUGAGAACACAAAACACACAGGGCAUUAUAUAUUGCACAGUAGGUUUCACGCGUAUGAGUUAAGAUUCAUUUGUAACUUUAUGUGUUAAAAUUGCCUGUACAGUUCAGUGGCUUUCAAACGUUUCAUUAUUAUUUAUGGAUAUAGAGUGAAGUGGAAAUAGAUAAAUCGGUUUAAUAUGCCACAGUGUGAAAAAGUGAUUAUAUUUUUCUUCUGGAUAUGGGCUGCUAUAUUGGAUAUUAAUUUUGCGAAUGAGGGAAUAUGUACACUGGUUUUGAAUGCAGAUGGUGAUUCUGAGCAGAUAGAAAUGAGGAGCAGGAACAUUACUGGUUUCUCAACACCGAGUUCGACAGUAUCGUUAUCCCGAGAACCAUGUGUCAACAAUUCCACCAUACAACUGACCAUCUUACCAGAAGAUAUUAAAGCGUUGAUAUUUCCGGAAAAGACCAAGGCUGAGUUGACGCUGGAUUUCCGCUACAGACUCGCGUUUUUCCGCAACUCCAGUCGCCUACAGACAUUACAGCGGUCCGUGCUGCUGACCAGGUCAAAAGAGUUUAAACAACUGAAUUGCUGGCUGCCAAUAUCAGUCCCCGAUCAUCUCCAUAUUGCCAUCAAUGUCAAGGCUGUCGGAGACGAAUACAACACAGUUGCCAGUUCAACAUUGGAUGUUGCUGACAAAGACAUCAACACUUGCAAAGAGGGAUGCCAGCCUAGUGACAUAAUGUUCAACCCAUCCUACCUGUGCUCGAAAAAUGGAACAUUUCAUCUCAAGCCGUCGGCACGAGUAUUACGCGUAACAUUUUCACCAUUAGGCAAAGGUCGAACUACACUUAAACACUGGUCAGUUACCAAUUCAAGCAUAUCAUUUCAUUUUAACGACAAAUACAAUGGUGUUGGAAGGCUUGAGGUCUCAUAUAGAGAACUAAAGCGAGACUUCUACUGCACUUUAUACAGUGACGUCAGAAUAUUUUGUGAUCACGUGACAUCAAAACCCGACCCGCAGGAUCCAUGUGACCCGAGCCCCUGUUUGUAUGGGGGCUCCUGCACGGUUGUAGAGGCUCGCUACAAUUGCACGUGCAUACAUCCGUAUCACGGUCGACGUUGUGAGAACGAUACCGAAUCCUUCGGGACCUUUGUGAUAUUUGGCGUCAUCAUGAUGACGUGUUUAACGGCCAUUGUCGUUCUCAUCAUAGUUGUUGUGCAGAAACUAAGGGUACUCCAAGAAGCGUGUUGCAACAGCAGAGAUGGCAAUUUCCAAGAACGUCGCCGCCUUUCCAUUACUCCCCUAGGACACCUGAAGACAGAUGAGAUCAUUAGAAACUCCAUCCUUAAGAAACACAAACCUGUCUCUGAUCCCGAGGGACAAUCAUUGCGUGGUCAUAGAAACGGAACUUCCGGUGAACACGAGACCAGCUUCCAAAGGAAUUCCACACGCAAGAGUUCACACAACAGGUUAGGAAGUGGCUCCUCCUGGACGUCCAGCAUUCGAUCACAAACAAGCUCAGGGUUACAAUCGAAGGCAUCCAGUGGUAAAAAGCUUCAACGAAGCGUUACACAGGCUAUGUUACAGGACCUGGACGAGAGCAAGUUCUCGAUUUUAUUGCUGACUCUCCCCUUUGACCAGUACACCCGAGACGUUACCGAACUUCUGCGGAACGUUUUGUCUAUUGAGGGUGGAAUUCCAAGCCAGUGCUGCUUCGAUCCCGAUGUUUUGAGCGAUUAUCAGACCAAUAGAUACGCUUGUAUUGAAGAGAUAACUGGUAAUACAAACAAAAUUCUGGUAUUUGUGUUUCUUACUACUCUGAGUUAUGGUACUAAAGAAGAAAAACUAAUACAUGAUUUGUUAAACCACUGUCUCUUAAAACAGAGAAUCAUUCCUCAAUGCAAGGUUGUUUUUCUUCACCUAACGGAUGACGAUAGCAAGCUAGACACAAGAUACCAUGGCCAGCAUAUUCAUCUGAAGCAUGAAAAUGCUUAUCAGAAAUUUCUCUCUGUGAUUUUACAGGAAUGUGGCAUAACUGUAGAUGAAAGAAUUGAGGACAAUGAAUUGCUUAAAAACAUGUUGUCGUGCAGUGCCUCAGAGCGUUUAUAUCAUUUGCUAUCUUACAAUGGCGAUAAGGAGGCAUGAGAAUUGUGGAAUAUCGUUUCUUACCUUGUUACAACUGUAUUAUGAAUGUAUUUCAAUGUCUUUCAAUAUUCUUGUGAUUAUUAUAUUCAUUCUUUGUUUGAAAAUGAAAAUACAUGUACCAUAAUUGUGAUAGCAUAAUGUGUUUGCAUUUAAUACUGACAAUCAAAAAUGACUUAUUCUACUGUGUUCAAGAAAAAUAAGAAUUAUGGACACACCAUUCUGUAAAUAUGUAUGUCCUUCAAAUUGAACUGUGUGUUUAUAUAUUAUGUUUCUUACGCAACAUCACAUUUGGAUUCAUUUUUGAUUGUGCUCUUUUAUUUUAUAUACCUUAAAACGUGUACUACAUAACAGAAAGACGCGUACAAUAUUACCUGCAGACGCGUACACUAUUACCUAAGACGUGUACAAUAUUACCUAAGACGUGUACAAUAUUACCUAAGACGUGUACAAUAUUACUUACAGACGCGUACCAUAUAAAAAAGACGUGUACAAUGUUAUUUAAAAACGCGUACAAUGUUACAUAAGACGCGUACAUUGUUACCUAAGACGUGUAUAAUAUUACCUAAGACGCGUUCAUGUAGACGUGUACAUUGUUACCUUAAGACGUGUACAAUGUUACCUAAGACGUGUACAAUGUUACCUAAGACGUGUACAAUGUUACCUAAGACGUGUACAAUGUUACCUAAGACGUGUACACUGUUACCUAAGACGUGUACAAUGUUACCUAAGACGUGUACACUGUUACCUUAAGACGUGUACAAUGUUACCUAAGACGUGUACAAUGUUACCUAAGACGUGUACACUGUUACUUUAAGACGUGUACAAUGUUACCUAAGACGUGUACACUGUUACCUUAAGACGUGUACAAUGUUACCUAAGACGUGUACAAUGUUACCUAAGACGUGUACAAUGUUACCUAAGACGUGUACAAUGUUACCUAAGACGUGUACAAUGUUACCUAAGACGCGUACAAUGUUAUUUAAAGACGCGUACAAUGUUACCUUAAGACGUGUACAAUGUUACCUAAGACGUGUACAAUGUUACCUAAAGACGUGUACAAUGUUACCUAAGACGUGUACAAUGUUAACUAAGACGUGUACAAUGUUACCUAAGACGUGUACAAUGUUACCUAAGACGUGUACAAUAUUACCUAAGACGUGUACAAUGUUACCUAAAGACGCGUAAAAUUUUAUCUUAAGACGCGUACA